UCUGGGGUCCCGGCCUGCGCAUCUCUCCUAGGCCCCUGGAUGCCGCAAGCCGCAAGAGCUCCGUGGCCUGGUCUGGAAACCCCAGCUCUGCCCAAGGCCUCAAUAAUCUUAGAAUUCAGAGCAGAAAGGCAUCGGGCGCCCUUGCGGCUGAAGGAUGGUCAUCCCGGCGCAAAGCCCAGCUCACAUAAAGUCUCCCGCACAGCCUGCGGUCCGCCACCAGCUAAGUACUCCCGGGCGCACGUGGCCGGCGCUGAAUCCCAGUUCCCCAGGCGGCCCCAGGGGCUGACUCCCCGCACCAUUUCCGCUCCCUCCUGAACAGCCCCGCCUCUCUCCCCUCCCGACUGGCUAUUCAUUCUCUCCUCGGCUUUGGGCACCCACUGCUCCCGCUGUUGCUGUCGCGGGGAGUCCUCCCAUGACAGCUCUCCGCUCCCGUUCUCACUCCCAGUCCGCUGCGGCCCGGGAGGUGUUGUCCACUGUCCCUGCACCUCCCACCUGUCCCUUCUAGCUGAAGCCAGUGCUCCCUCCGCUCUACCAUCUUGGCGCCAAAAAAUGCUUGGAGCGGCUAGGGCCAAAUGAGGGGUGCCAUGGUUGGGCCAAAUCGGUCCCUAUUUUUUCAAGGCCAGCACUGAGGACAGGUUUUUCUGUAGGUCUCACAGCAGCUCCUGCUGCUGCUCACUGGGCUAGAGGUGGUGGUGACCAAAUGCCUAUUGUGCAGGAAGAUGAUCUCUAUCUGUGCAGAGUUUCCAGAAUCACAGGGGACACCACAGAUUUGCCCACAAAACAACCAGGGCCCUAGAAGGACGCCUGAAGAAGUGUGGGUUGGAGAAAUUAGAAAGAUGCCUGAGGAGGUCAAGGCCUAGACCCAGGCGUCUGAUUUCAAUAGACGGAAAAGACAGCCUCCAUGGCUGGGUCACCUCCCUUGUGAAGACAGAUCCUGCUCUCAAGACCGUAUGAAAUUACCAAGUGUGUGAAGCCCUUCAGCCCCGAACGUCAUCACCAAUGCAGUCAACAAACACUGCUUGACUUCUGAUGCAGAACAGUAAUCAGUGACAUGUAUUGAGCACUAACAUGAGCAGACCCUGCACUAAAAUCUUGGCGUGUUUUGCCUCAUUUAUCACUGGCAACAAUCCUGAUGAAGGUAUUACUGUCUUUUUGUGAGCAAAGAAACUGAGGCUUAGAAACACCCAGGCCAUACACUGAGUAGGCCAGGAUUCAAACCAAGAGCUGUCAGACUACAAAGUUCAGUAUUUACUCCGUCGUCCUGUCUCUCACAUACCUGCUUAGUGAGGCCGCUGGAAAAGCUAUAGAAGCAAAUGCAACUGGGGCUCUGCCCUCCGGGGGCUCAUGGUUUACUCGGGGAGACCAGGCAGGCAAUAUAGCUAUAGUACUAGGCAGGAAGUGAUAAGUGACACGAAUGUCCUUUACUAACACGCGCUGCAAGUUCAGAUGCGAGAGAGAUGACUUCCGGCUAGACGAUGAGGGAGCGCUUCCUUGGAGGAGGUGGCAUUUGAGCAGAGCUUCAGAGAACAGGCUUGUCAUGGAGACAAAGGUGGAGAAGGCUUUCCGAGUGGAGGGAACAGCUUGAGCAAAGUCAACAAGGCGAGAACGCACACGUCGCCCGUCCAUAGAUAUAUAAAACAUUCCGUCUCCUUGGGGAUCCAGUGCCGGGUAUUUACAAGCCAGGAAGUUUUCCUGCCUCCGCAGCAUCUGGAAAAACCACGUUCCUGGGCUAUCCUUCCUGGCAGUUGGUUCUCAGGAUGCCUCCCAGUACUGGCUUUACUUGGGAAGAUGCGGCCAGUCGGGAUGGGAAUCGGUCGUUCGCGUACCCCAGGCAGUGCAGCCUCUCCCGCAGCCACUACGACUUCGAGACUCUAUGCUAGUCCUUGUCUAUUUCUGGUAGCUCCGCAGCACCCCCACUCAGUGGACGCGGAGGGGUGUGGUCCACAGGAGCUGGAACCAAUGGGGAGGGAGGUCGGGGCGAGAGCCCCGCCCCCGGCGUGACGCACGACCCCCGGACUCCUGCUUCUCAGCCCCGGCCCCAGUCCCUGCAGUGGCUGUAACAAAACCCAGACCCCCACGUCCGGGCCAAUGGAGGCGAUUUAGACUGGAGUGGGACCGCGUCUGUCAAAAGCCCGACUCGGCAGCAGCGGCGGAGUCCAGAAGGAGAGCUGGAGCCGCCGCGCUGCCUCCCCGCCCCCGCCGGGAUUUAUUGAGUAUUUGGACUGGACAAUUAAGUGGCCCUGAUGAUGUUACCAAGCCCGGUCACCUCCACCCCUUUCUCAGUCAAAGACAUUCUGAAUCUGGAGCAGCAGCAACAGCACUUCCACGGCGCGCACCUGCAGGCGGACUUGGAGCACCAUUUCCACUCGGCGCCCUGCAUGCUGGCCGCCGCUGAGGGGACGCAGUUUUCGGACGGAGGGGAGGAGGACGAGGAAGAAGAGGGCGAGAAACUGUCCUAUUUAAACUCACUAGCUACAGCUGAUGGCCACGGGGAUUCGGGGCUCUGUCCCCAGAGCUUUGUCCACACGGUCCUGCGAGACUCGUGCAGCGGGCCUAAGGAACAUGAAGAGGAGCCCGAGGUCGUGAGGGACCGGAGCCAAAAAAGCUGCCAACUGAAGAAACCUCUGGAGGCGGCCGGAGACUGUAAGGCGGUAGAGGAGAGCGAAAGGCCGAAGCCACGCAGCCGCCGGAAGCCCCGGGUCCUCUUCUCGCAAGCCCAAGUCUUCGAGCUGGAACGCAGGUUCAAGCAGCAGCGGUACCUGUCGGCGCCCGAGCGCGAGCACCUCGCCAGCAGCUUAAAGCUCACGUCCACCCAGGUGAAGAUCUGGUUCCAGAAUCGCAGGUACAAGUGCAAGAGACAGCGGCAGGACAAGUCUCUGGAGCUGGGCGGGCACGCGCCCCCGCCGCCGCCGCGCCGAGUGGCGGUGCCGGUGCUGGUGCGGGACGGCAAGCCGUGCGUCACUCCUGGCGCGCCAGCCUACGGCGCGCCCUACAGCGUGGGCGCGGGCGCCUACUCCUACAACAGCUUCCCCGCCUACGGCUAUGGGAACUCGGCAGCCGCCGCCGCAGCCGCCGCCGCCGCAGCCGCCGCCGCCGCGGCCUACAGCGGCAGCUACGGCUGUGCGUACCCGGCAAGCGGUGGCAGUGGCGGCGGCGGCGGCGGGGCCUCCUCGGCGGCCUCGGCCAUGCAGCCCGCCUGCAGUGCGUCUGGAGGCGGCCCCUUCGUGAACGUGAGCAACCUGGCCGGCUUUGGGGGCGGCGGCGGCGCGCAGCCGUUGCACCAGGGUGCGACGGCGGGGGCCGCGUGCGCUCAGGGUACCUUGCAGGGCAUCCGGGCCUGGUAGGGACCGGGCGGGUAACGCGGCAGGCGACCCCACCGCAGCCUGGCGCCGCGGGACUGAAGAGCGAGAAAGGCUGGCUCCAAGGAAGGACCAGGUCCCCUCGUUAAAUAUAUAUAUACAUACACGUCUCGCUCCCCAGGGCCCCGGAGCGCAGCUUACGGGAAGUCCGGGGAAGGGGCAUCUGGGGCGAAGAGGAUGCGCAUGAGCCUUCACUGAGACCAUCUCUGAGGCAGAAACGCUGACUGGGUGCCGGGAGGACGAUGGCCUCAAUCUCGGCCCCAAAGGGAGUGCGAAAGGCUGGAACUCAGGCUGCCAGUCGUCUCUCCCAGAGCAAGAAGGGCUUCUCUUUCUCAGCCUUCUUGCGGCCUCAGCAGAGCGCUGGUGGAGAAUUCAAGGACAGAGAACAGCAUGAAGGAGAGAAAAAUGGGCGUCGUGGCUUGAGAAAUUCCCAGGCCCUACCCACCCUCUGCUCACUUUGCGGGGCUGGAGUGCCACACUACAGUCCAUUUUCCUUUUCCCACCCGCCUGCCCUCCGCAACAGAUACCUCGGCCUGGAUCUCCAGAUUGUCAGGAGGCGUAGAACUCUGCAAGAAAAAUCAGCGGAGCGAGAUCAAAAGUUGGGGGUUUGAACAAAACCGGGACCUAGGGGCCCACCGGAGGUGUUACCGGCUUUCCUUCUCUUUCCUAUUCUGUAUUCAGCACAUAUAAUAUAUAUAUAUAUAACUAAAUAUAUCCACACGCCAUGUACACACCCGCUGCCAUACACUACAGGAGUCAAUAAACAAGGUGCAAUAUUUUCAAACGGU